AUCUACCUAGUAAAAUAAAUAAAAAACAGGUUAUAUUUAUUAUUUAUAUAUUAUUUUGUAACUUCCUAUACUUGUAUAAGUUGUCCAAAUUAUCCGUUGAGAAGUGUGACUUUUGUUUUAUAACACAUUUUUUUAUUAUUUUUUUAAGUUAUAGUUUGGUUUCCACUGUUUAGGAGGAUUACGAAAUACAGUAUUUAAAAUGUCUCUUGUCGCUUAUGCAGACAGUGACUGUGACUCUGACGGAGAUAAUAGCACCGCAGAAGAAAUUAAUAAAUCGGCAGCCGACACUAGUCGAGUAGACGUGAAAUCGGCUAGUUGUAAAUUGUUACUCAAGCUUCCCGAACCGAAAACCAAAGAAGAAACAGUUAUCCCGACCGACGAUAAUGCAACUAUUGGCGAAGUCAAAGUCGACAAAACUACUACUUCGGCAGAACAGAUAAAUACAGCUGCAAAUAGUAUUCCAGACAAGCAACUAGAUAAUAUCUCUUUGUUACCCACGUUGGCGUUGCCUAAACCCAAAUCUGGUGGUAAAAUUCAAAUAACAAUACCUUCAUUGAGUGAUUUUAAUGACGACGAUGAGGAUUAUCAGCCUAAACGAAAAAUGAUCAAGCCGUCAAACAGUGGAUGCGGUUUAUUUUCAAUGUUACCCAAUCCUAAAAAUCAGAAGACUGCCAAAAUAACGACAAACACUUCGAUGGUUCCCAGACAAACCACUCGUAAAGUCGCCGUUCCUAAGCCGCCGCCCGUAAGUAAAAGUGCGGAAAUCAAGCUUUUCGAAAAAACUCCUAUCGAAGUGGACGAAGAGGAAGCCGAUGACGACAACGAAGAAAUGGACUUUUUAGGGUUGAACAAAAUCAACGAAGUGUCCGACGCGGAACCUGUCGCCGGUUUCGAACUGCCAGAAGUUACGAGUGACACGUCGGUCAUAGAAGAAGAAAAAGUAUUCGGUCCUGUCUAUUGUCCGGAAGAUACUCGAUCUGACGUUUACGAAGACGACGAAACAAAAUUGAUUUUAGAUUCAAAUGCGUUGAAACAAUUAGGCGAUCGCGACAGGAACCCGAUAAAACAAGUAGACGUCAUCAACGUGAACAUGAGUCAGGUGAUGGAAGAUUCGCAGCAGUGGCUACAGAAGAACAUGACCGAAGAGUAUGCCGAAAGUAGAAACAUGGGCGACAUCAAUGUCACCGGACAGUCGAAACGCAAACACCAAAUUACAUACUUGGCUCAACAGGCUAAAGCAAACGAACUGAAACUCAAAAACAUGUGGGCAGAAAACAGAAUGACCAAAAAGCAGACUCAAGCGAAAUAUGGAUUUUAAAAUCCAAUCCUUAUUUGUCAGCAUAUGUUUGCCACAAACGCAGCGGUCAUCGCGGCCAAAGGACCAGCGCCGGAAUAGCCGAUGAUCGUACAUCCAAACAUGAGCAAUAUGCCUCCACCUACGGCGAUAUAGGCUCGUUUAACGUUCAAGUUUUCCUUGUGAAUAAAUAAAUAAGUUUUUUUUUUUUAA